GGUGCAGGCUGGGAACAGGAUGCUGUCAGCCCGAGUGGAAUAACGGCGACAAACCGCAGCAGCAUCCUUUGUUUUCCUGGGCACAUAAAACAGCAGUGACUCCCAGUGAGACGUCGGAGAAUUUGGACCAGAGCCAAACCUGGACCCAGGACUCAGGGUACAGCAGGAGGAGAUAGAGCCCAUACACCAGUGCUGUUCUGAGCUGCAGAGGAGAGAGCGUUUGUUUCAUUUGUGCCUUACUCAAAAACAUCCACCACUUUGCACUGGACAUUUCUAAAUUUUUCAAAUUUAAAAUACCUUAUUGCAUAGAUCCCCUGACUGCCUACUUUACUAAACUAUAUUCAAAUAGAUUUCCUAUUUUAGUGCAUGUAAACUAAAGGUUAAUGUAUACUUUAUCAGCUUCCCUCUUGACUUAUUUCCUCUUGUUAGUAUAGUUUGAAAAGCAGAAAUCAAAAUCUGUAUAUGAAACAAGCUGUCCAGAUUUUUGGAGGCUCAUCUUUUUGAAAAAUUGCAAUAAAGUAAGUCAAAAUUUGGCAUAUAAACUCAAAGAUUUAAUAUUUCUGUUGCAAAAUUAUAUAUGAAAAAGAGUAGUAUUUUUAACACAGUUUCAUGUUUUUUUUAAAGAACAUUUAGGUUCAAAUUCUGAAACAACUCAAGUCACCACUUUCAGUUUAAUAGGUCAAAUUAAGCUAUAUAAGUUUUAUAUUUAAGACAUAUAAAACAGCUCUCAAACUGGACACGUGAAUAAUUAUAUUUCUUUAAAAGUUGGUGCACUUUGCUUUUAAUUUUUACAGUAUUUAAAAUCAAAAUUGCCUUAAAAAUCAACUAAAAUUACUUAACAAAAAAUAAAUAAACUAACUCAUAGCACACCCAGGUUUUCCCUUGUACCAUGUAAAGUGCAGAUUUCGCGUCAGUCUCUCUCUCCUCUUCAGUCUUCAUGUUUUGGGGGCCCCCCGGUGCCCCCGCCCUCGCUGGACCCCCCCACCUGCACCACGGCUGCUCCGCCCACACACCUGGUUGCCAUGCCCACGGAGACUCUGGCCCCGCCCUCUCUGGCAGAUAACAAGGCUCCAGGCCCCGCCCCUCCGUUUGGCGCCUCUGUGCCUCUGCGUAUUCUCAACAAAGGGCCCGACUACUUCAGAAGAACGGUGGAACCGAACCCAAAGCGUCUGAGUGCGGUGGAGCGUCUGGAGGCAGAUAAAGCCAAGUAUGUCAAGAGCCAGGAGGUCAUCAACGCCAAACAGGAGCCCAUCAAACCACCAGUGCUGGCCAAGCCUACCGCGGCACUGCUGUCUCGGAGAGAGAGGGGGGGUCCUGGAGCCGGGCCCGGGGGAGCGCUGCCCUUCAAAGCAUCCAACAACAACUCUAAGCCCGAGCACUGCGCCAAAGGAGGAACCAAACGAGACAACCUCAACCUGGAGAUCCUCAAGAACCUGCUGAACUCUGGGCCUGGAGCUGAGGGCUUCGGAGGAGGAGCCAAGAGCGCUGUCCUGAGGUCAUCAGGGGGAAUGGCACGCAGCUGGACCCCGUCUGGGGUGCCUCUGACCUACAGAUCCACCAUGACCCUGAACGAGCCGCCCUCAGACUCCGCUCCGAGCCCGGGCACCUCUCACUCCCUUCGUUCCUUCUCCCACUCGCUCAAAGUGCUGCCCAUCACCAGCAGUGGGCGCUGUAGUCCUCAGCUGGGCGCAAACCUGAACUUGAGCCGACGUCGCGCAGACUCCACUGUUCCUGAACGUUCCUGCUCUCCUCUUCCUCCCCUCCUCACCUCACACUCUUCCUCAGACCUGCUCAGACUCUGCAACGGCAAACCUCUACGCGCCGCUCGCUCCAGCAGCUCAUCGGCGCCCCCUAUCCCCCCCAAACCCAACCCCGCGUCUCUCCCUCCUCCCGCCCUUUCCCUCUCUUUACCUCCUCCGCGUCCGAUGCAGUCUCCUUUACCAUAUGACAACACCACCCCUCAAUCCCUCCCGUGCGAUUUGCCCGAUUCCUCAAAUACCGACGCCAACAACGAAUCGGGAUCGUCUGUAACUAGGCGCUCAUCUUUGCAUCGCUCCAAAUCGGAUUUAUCGGACCGCUACGCAAGAGCCGGAGCGGAUGUGGAACGCUUUUUCAACUACUGCGGUUUGGACCCCGAAGAGCUAGAAUCGGUGGGUCCAGAAAACUUUGCCCGAGCGAAUUCCGAUAUUGUUUCGUUGAAUUUCAAAUCAGCAUCCAUGAUUUCAUCCGAUUGCGAUCAGUCGAGGAGGUCUUCGAAUGAUGGGCUCUCGGACGCGGAUGAUGAAGAGGAGGAAGCUGGAGAGAGAGUUCCAUAUGGGAUUUCGGCCGUAGAAAGGAACGCGAGAGUGAUCAAAUGGUUGUAUAGCAUCAAGCAAGCCAAGGAGAGCCAAAAAGUAUCACAUGUUUAGAAAGACGAUUAUGCAAGUUUGGAGUUUGGACAAUUUUGAAGUUGCACAAGUUGGAAUGAAAGGAGGAAGACUGCUGACCGAUCAAAAACUAUGAAACACGUGAAGGAAAAAAGUUGAAGAACAAAAUUUAAGAUAAAAUUUUGGGCAAAACUAAAACUUUUGUCGAAUCGUUUGGACAAUUGAACUCAGCUGUAAUGAACAAGAGUCAAAUGCACUAUGAUUGUUACAUAGUUUGUCUCUUCAAAACAUGAUUCAAACCAGGGAUGUGUUCAAGAACUGGAUGGAAACUAAAAAGAUUUCAACUCAAAAUGUGCUAAAAUGCUUUGUGACUCCUCAUGUGAACCAGUAACAACCUUAACUGAAUGACCCAAAUGAUACAAUUAAAGGUAUAUAUUUUUACUUGACUUUGACAAUGAAAUACAGGAAAUUUUUAGUAAUUUGUCAUCUUGAACUUUUACUCGAGCUAAACUUCAAACUCCAAAACAAGUCAGUUUUGUCUAAUGGCGCUGACCACAUGAUUAAAUAUCUGAGAGGAAAGAAGAGGAAGAAAGAGGAGUUCACAGAGCAAUGCAAUAUGUGGACAGCAGCAGAGAUUAUAGUCAUUUCUUAAAGGCUCUGUACCUGAGUUUUACUGUCUAAAAAUGUGAAAAACAAAACUAGUUCAUUUUAAACAGUUCAGUCCAGUGUUAUUCCUCACUUAUCUCAUGCAUUCAGAGCAUCUUAAUUAUUCACUGCGAUGAGUUUAUAAGUCCUUUUCACAAAUUUCAGGCUGGACUUUUGCCUUCGCGGUAAUGCUAAUGACAACUAUCAUGCUGACAGAACACUUCCUGGUAUGUGGAUGAUUAAAAAACUUAAGUUAAUACUAUGGAAAAAUCAGGUACAGACAUUUAAAGGUUAAAAUAUAGGGAAAACAUUCAGAAACUGAAAAACUGAGUCUACACAUUUUUAAAUUGCUAAUACAAGAGUGUUUCUCCAUCCAGUUGUUUUAACACAUCUGUGGACUCGGCCUUUAAAACAGUGGACAUUUUGACUUUUUAUAAAUGGUAUAACUGAGUGACAAUAUAUACCUUUUUUAAAGUUUUCAUAAUUUUUUCAUAACAGUGUUGUCAAAAGUGUUGUGUGAACCUAUUGGGGAACUGGAGAGGUAUAUGGGCUUUGUUACAUUGAAUAAAAUUAGCAAAUGCUAGAAUGUAGCAUUGGGAGGGACGGUCUCCUGUGAUUGGUCCUUUGAAGUGAUGAAGUUUUAGAACAGGGUCAGGGAUUGGGUUAUGGUUAACUUGAGGCAAAUGGUUAAGGUUAGGGUCAUAGACUGUAAAAGGACAUAACUAACGUGCUAGCCGGCACGUUCCAAAUAGGAAGUGAGCAUGAGCGCAAAGUGGUUCCUUCAAGCUCUGGAUGCAAUUCACUUUUGAAAAAUCUUGGCUCCACGCUCUGUAACUGCUGUCAGGCUCUUCAUUUUAAUCUUAAAAUUUUUGUAUUAGCCCGCUCUACGUGAUCAUGGGGUUUUAUUUUGCUAUUUUAUUAUAUACUAUAGUAAAUUAAGAUAUGAACAUUAAUAACAGAUCAAUCCAGGUUUUACUAUAGUGUUAGCAACAAGUUGAUUGACAGUGUUGCUAAGCGCGCCCUGCCAAAUCAAAGGUACAGGCGGGAGGGGUGUGUACCUUUAACCACCUCACUCCUGAUUGGCUCUUUGGUUUCGCACUCGUAUUUCCAAAUAUGGUUGCAGAUUAGCUGCUAUAACUGCUAACCUCAAAACUCUCCCUUAGUCCACUUUUAUUAUACAGUCUAUGGUUACGGUUAGGGAGAUUUUUUAGGGCAGUUAACGUGUUAGCGGAAGUCACUUUAAAAAUAUACUUGUCACCAAUAACUUUAUCUCAACUUAUACCAUAAAAUAAAUAAUAAAAAAUAUAACAUUUUAGGGCUGUUUAUAUCUCCAGAAGCUAACACAUUUGCAACCAGAGCUACGUGAUCACUUCUGUCCCCCCCGACCCGACUAUCUAGCUCUAAUGUUAGCUAACUGUGCACAGCAUAUUGUUAGCAUCAAAAUAAACUUAUAUGUGAGAUUAUACUUACAUUUAUUAUGGGACAAAGUUUAAUUUAGAGAUUGAACAAUGACUGUGAAACUGUUUUUCCAAAAGUCUCAUAAUUACAUGGACUGAAAGAACCACGAGCUCUUGUUUACUUUCUGCAGUGGGGACUACAUAGACCAUGAUGCUUUGCUCCACUUCACAGCAAAUAACAAUUAAAAAUACUGUGAUGGUUUUAUCACUGUGCUUGCCCCAAAACUCUUGCACACGUCUCCAAUUGCCAAAAAUAUGUACAUUUAUAUGCAUUUUUUCACAUUUCCCCUUAAAUCUUUUUAUAAACCAAUUUUCAUAGUAAAACUGUAGCUGACGCAGACUGUUAGUCGUCCAUCGAGUUAUUUCUACACAUUUUAUACCAUUUUAUCUUAAACAUUGUAUUUUAGAAUUUUAGUAAAUAUAAAGCCGAUUAAUUUUGGUAACGUAGUAACUAUCAAGUGCAUCCAAAGUAACUGAAUGGCUGGUAAAAUUCUUACUUUUGUUUAUGCUAGGGCUGAUGGGGCUGUGAGCCACUGUAUUUAACAUUUUAAUUACAUUUUUUGACAAUUUAAUUAAAUCUAAAAUGUUAAUUAUGAUAGGUUAAUUGCUGGUUAAACCUUGUCCAAAUUACAACAUAUAAGAAGUGAACCAGGGCCAAAAGCAAGAAUACAUUGCCAUUUGAAUAAAAAAUAUUUAUCUUAAUUUGAGCACAUUUUAAUUAUAGAGAACAGUACUUUUUCUUAAGUAUCGAGCCAAAAUCUUGUCAAAUCAAUUCCAGCUAUUGUAACUUGUAUAAAAAAGAUUACAUUUACACCAUCAGUUGCCUGUGAUCCAGAACACACACCUUCAGUAAUUUAUGAAGAUGUGAGUCUGGUCACCGCUGAAUCUCCCCCAGUUCAGAUGGAUGUGAUUGACAGGUGAAUAAGCCAAUCAGGGACAAGCAUAUCAAAACAAAUAUGAGGAAAAAAAGGACAAAAAUAUCACAAGGGGCUGAAAAACAAUGAGCAAAGCAUUAAACUUUGUUAAUCUGAGGUGAGAGAAAUGUGAUUUUUUUUUUUUUUUUUUUUAAAUGAUGAAUGACCAAUGAGCUCCUUCAUUUCACAUACGCAUCUGAAAUAAACAAAUCUGAUUGGACGAUCAUAUUGGGUCGGACUUGAGAUGAAAACGAAGGGAGUGGUGACCAGAGUGAUAUCCCUCUCUAUAAGAAAUACAGAGAGAUAUCAUUCUGGAUUUACCCGGCAACAAGAUCAGGACUGAAACAUAUACAUUUCUGUAUUUUCUGGCUUAGUUUAAAUCAUAACUGUCAAAUGGAUAACCUCAUUGCAAUGUAUAAUGCAAUAAUUGUUAUAUGACUAUUGCAUUUUCCAAUAUCGUGAUCCUUCCUUGUGUCAUUCUGUGUGGUUCCUCCCUCUAGAAACCCCUGUCACAUGUCCUCUGUGUUAAAGGCCCGCUCAUGUACUGCUGUUAAAGAAUGGUCCGACAUUUUCAGAACAAGCUGAACUCUAUCUGUCAAAAACAAUCUCGUUAUAUUCACUGUUCUUCACCAAACCUCUCUCUCUCUGCAGCCUAUGAGCCCUGACUGCUGGUUCAAACCGCUGUACCCAUGAGCAACGCGUUUGUCUCAUCUUGUGUCAAGAAAAUCGUAUUUAUUUUAGACAAAUCAAAUUAUAAUGCUCUGCUGUUUGAGUACUUAGAUGUUUUUUUUCACUUGGGAAUCACAAUUGCUGUUCAGUAUCAGUCUAGAGUCUAGACACUUGAAAUGGUAGAAGAAUGGAUUAAGGGACAGUUUAAUACAAUCUGCUGGUGGGUUGGAUGGCAGAGCGCAUAUCCUGUCUCCUCCUCUCAGUCAGACUCAUCAUUUUGGUAUUAAAAUGUUCGUAUUAAUGCAAAAUCUUUUCCCUAAAUCAAGAUAUGAACCUUAAUAACAGACCAGGUGCCUUCUUUCCCCGAGGUUGCCCCCACUAGCGUUAGCAACAGGUUUGAUUGACACCAUUGCUAAGCGCCCACUCCUUGCUAAAGCAGUGUUGCAGGUGGGAAGAGGUGUUACCUUCAACAGCCUCGCUCCGGAUUGGCUCUUUGGUUGCUAUGAUACUCGGAAUUCCAAAUGUAGAACACAACUCGAAAUUGGCCCCUGUAACUACGAGCCUCGAUGAGCUUCAUUUGACUGUAGGUAACGUCACACUCCCGUAGUUCACUUCUUUAUACAGUCUAGGGUUAGACUGCUGAUAUCUCUGUGUGGAGAUGAUCAAAUAUCUGGUUUAAAUCGAUAACUGCUGUUGAAACUGACCUCUUGAAUGAAGACUGAUACAUAUUGAAUCAAGCUUAAUUACAUUACAUCAGGUAUUGGUUCUCUAACAUGCAAGUUGAAUGUCAGGUCAAAGUCAAUUCAAGUCUACAUUGACAAUCCAAAAUGGUUGAUUUGUGAAAUUAUUGUGUCAGAUGCCCUCUCAUCCUGCUGUAUCUCUGUAGUGUUAGGCUGAGAUGGAGGCAGGUCAAAUGCCUCUAGUUAAUCUGCUGAUGUUGUGGUGUGUAGGCCUGUCACGGUAUUCACUAUAGCAACUUAUCGUUCAAGAUAUCAAAGCUGGAACAAUAUAUAUUUUUGUUAUUGUGACAGGCUUGGUGGUGUGUCAGAUGCUCUUCCAGAUGUGCUGUGGCUGGAUCUUGUCACUGAUAGAAAUGAUCAGGGAAGCAUUUGUGGAUUUGACUUUUGGAGAAUGAGACGGAAUACUGGCGUCCUUCGUGGUCUACUGUCAGAACGAUCUAUAUAUGUUUUUAAAGCUUGUAUUUUGAAUUGUUAAUCAUUACAAGUUUAAUAUGACUUACAAAAUUUCACAUCUUCCCAUGCUAAACAAGCCAUAGGAAGUACAGGGCCACAUGCUCGGACAAUAGUAUCCUUCGUACCAUUCAAACCACUUACCUCUGAAUACUGGGAAAGUUCGGAUCAUGUUGAUAUUGUUAGUGAACAUAUGAAACCUUCUCUGUCUGUAAAUGUAAAAACAGCUCCAUUUUGCACAAUCGUUUUAAAUGCUGUGUGCUAAACGCUAACAGUGCUAGGCUAAUGUUGCUACUUUGGACAAUUCAGCCAUGUUUUAAAUUUUAGAAGUGGGUUGUGAAAGUUGUGAGGAUAAAAUGAUUUCUGUGGUGAACUACGCAAGUUCUACUAACUGUUUGGAUGUUUGACUAAACUAAGCUUUAUCUGGUACAAAUCCUGGUAUUUCAAGUCAAAUAUAUCCCUGCCAAAUGUAUAUA